UCAUAUGCCAGAAACCCGCCCACCUGGUUGUCUGAUCCCUCCCGCGCUGGACGAAAGUUAGGCUUCUUGUCUGGAAGAUGGCACAAAACCUCAUUCAUUCAUCUCAAAGUUGAUGCACUGUUGACAUCGUCUGCUGUUGCCUCUGCUGGGACUAUCAAAUGCAUCACAUCCUGCACACUGGAAGAUUUUUACUGGGACACACCUACCAGACAGCCUGGAACAAGUGUUGCUCUAGCUUUGCCAAGAUGAUGCGGGCAGUGUGUGUUGACGUACCAGGAGGACCAGAGAAUUUGCUGCUGCGAACUGUCCCUAGACCUCAACCUAAAGAUGGAGAAGUUCUAAUUAAAGUUCAUGCAACUGCCCUCAACAGGGCAGACUUACUGCAGAGGCGAGGACUGUACCCACCUCCCCCAGGUGAGAGUGACAUCAUAGGCCUGGAGGUGGCUGGUACUGUGGAUACUCUGGGCUCAGUGGUGAAAAGAGGCUGGAAGCCAGACGACAGGGUCAUGGCUUUGCUCUGUGGAGGAGGAUAUGCAGAAUAUGUUGCUGUGCCUGAGGAGCUUCUUAUGCCCAUUCCCCCUAAUUUGACACACAGCCAGGCUGCUGCGAUCCCGGAGGCCUGGCUCACUGCUUUUCAGCUUCUAGUUUUCAUAGCUCAGGUGAAGGAGGGUGAGGUAGUGUUGGCUCAUGCUGGAGCCAGCGGAGUUGGAACGGCUGCUGUUCAGCUGGUUCGUCUGUUUGGUGCCGUGCCCAUUGUUACUGCAGGGAGCCCAGAGAAGCUGAAGAUGACUGAGAAUCUGGGAGCAGCAGCUGGGUUUAACUACAAAGAGGAGAGCUUUGUGCAGGGAGUUCAUAACUUUACAGGAGGCAGGGGGGCAAAUGUCAUCCUUGACUGCAUCGGUGGGCGUAACUGGGAGCAAAAUGUGAGCUCCUUAGCCACCGAUGGCAAGUGGGUGCUGUACGGCACGAUGGGAGGCAGGACAGUAGAGGGAGACCUGCUAGGCAAACUGCUCUCCAAGCGAGGCCACUUGCUCACCAGCCUCCUCCGCUCUCGCAGCCUUCAGUACAAAGCCGACCUGGUGGAGGAUUUCUCUCGCAGAGUGUUACCGUAUUUCUCAGACCAGCCAGCCUCCUUGAGGCCAGUGAUUGACAGCACAUUCAACCUGGAGGACAUUGCAGAAGCUCACAGGCACAUGGAGGCCAACAAGAACAUGGGGAAGAUUAUCAUUAAUGUGAUUCCACAGAAUCAGGAAACUCAGUGAUAAACAGUUGCAGAAAUAUUAACAGAAACGUACAUUCAUGUCAAGGAAUCUUCCAACAGUGUUAUUUGUUUUACACAAAUGUUGAUCUUAAAUAUGCUUUAUCCACCAAUAGUCUGAAGAUGAUUUUCUUUACAGUGCUGUUACUUCUGUAGAGUCAAAAUAGGGAUAAUUGACACAGGAUUACGAAAUGUUCAUUAACAGUAUUGUGUUCAUGCUGGAGAUUAAAGAGAGGUGCUGUAAAUCUUUCCAAACCACA